CGUUGCAAUUUUAAGUUUAUUUUCGGAAUUAACAUUUAAGAUCGUAGCCUAGUUAUAAGGACAUGCACCAAUAAAAGUGAAAGUUAAAUACUCGAAUUUUUUAAACAAACUCAGAGGACAAAUUAAGUAAACAAAAUGGUUUUCAUAAAGCUUCCAGAAUGUUUUCAAAUACCAAAGCGUUUCAACAUCGCUGUUAUGCUUUUCAUGGCUUGCCUGAUGAGCUAUGUGAUGCGAGUCAAUCUUUCCAUUAACAUCGUAGCAAUGGUGGAGUCAACCGAUGCCAACGCCACAGAACCUUUACCAGACUACGGACCACGAUAUAAUUGGAGUCAAAGUGAUCAAGGCCUCUUAUUAGGUGCUUAUUUUUACGGAUAUAUGAUUACAUCACUUCCAGCUGGUAUGUUAGCGGAGAAUUUCGGAGGAAAACCGGUAGCUGGUUUCAGUUGUCUUGUCGCUGGUGUUCUGACUAUGUUAACACCGGUUGCAGCUACUUGGGAUAAAUGGGCAGUAUUUGUAUUACGAUUUGCUAUAGGGUUUUUCACUGGUGUAGUUUAUCCAUGUUGCCAUAACUUAAUAUCAAAGUGGUCACCACCAGAUGAAAAAGGAAAAUUUGUAGCUUCACUUAUGGGUGGGACCUUUGGUACAGUUAUCACUUGGCCUAUAAGUGGUCUUAUCAUUGAGAAUAUGGGUUGGGAUUGGGCAUUCUAUAUAAUUGGCAUAUUCGUUUUAUUCGUGGUUGCUAUUUGGUUUAUGGUUGUAGCCGACAGUCCAGCCAAACAUAAGACAAUUAAACCUGAGGAGCGUGAAUAUAUUGUCAAAAGUCUUGGUGAAACAGUUAAUGAUAAGAAGAGAUGGCCACCAUAUAAAAGCCUUGUUGUUUCUAUGCCUUUCUGGUCUCUAAUGUUACUUCAUUAUGGUAGCAUGUGGGGAUUGUUCUUCUUGCUUACGGCAACACCUAAAUUCCUUAGCGAGGUUCUAGGUUUUAAUCUAUCCUCGGCCGGCUUCCUUUCCAGUUUACCUCACUUAGCACGUCUUAUUUGCGCGUUCGGUUUUGGUUCCUUAGCUGAUCUUAUAAGACGCAAGGAGUGGUUAAGCGUAACACGCAUGCGAAAAAUAUUUUGUUUACCCUCACAUGUCAUUCCCGGUAUUUUCCUUGUACUACUCGCUUUCUUCGGUAAGGAUCCAUAUGUUUGUGUGGCAAUAAUGACAAUAUCCUUGGGCUUUAAUGGUGCUGCAACAGCUUCGAACCUCCAAAACUCUCAAGAUUUGGCACCAAACUAUGCCGGCACACUAUAUGGUAUAAUAAACUGUGUAGGCACUACUCCUGGUAUAUUCUCUCCAAUGAUAGUUGCACACUUUACCAAAGAUAAUAAUACUAUUGAUGAAUGGCACUACAUUUUCCUGAUUGGUGCUGCGGCUUACGUAAUCCCAGCUUUGUUUUACUGGAUUUUUGGGUCGGGUAAAAUACAAAAAUGGAACGAACUGAACAAUACUUCAUCGCGCGAGGAAAUAGUUAACACGAAGUUGUAAAUAAAAACUAUUCUUAAUUGUCUGCAAUCAUCCUACCGCAACUGAAAGUAUUUUAAUGACAACACUUAGUAUAUAUUAGUACUUGUAUAUUAUACCUAUGUAUUCACAACGAUAUUGUGUCCAUUUAAUUUUAAGACUUCGGAGAUAUAUUUCGCCAAAAUAAUCAGAUUUCUGAUUU